AGCGAAUUAUAUAAAUUGAUUGAUAUGCAUGCAUGCGUCCCAAGCUGGAAAAGCUCGAGAGUUGCUGACCAAAUCCUUUUUCUGGAUAGCUUUGUGUGGAAUCUUUUUCUAGGAGGCCAAGUGGGGGCAGAGUGGAAGGGCAGUGGCAGCAUGGCAGACGCUUUACAUUGUUGUGCUGCUGCCAGCGCGUCUGCAUUACAUUUGGAGCCCCUCGUACGAUUGCCGCACGGAGGUCGCUUGCUGCGGAAUGCAGCUCACAUCAGCAGAUCUAGCCACUCGCAGCACUGGCCGAAGGCUAUCUGCAGGAGACCUCGUCAAGGCUAUGCAAAAAGCUGGAAGAAGAGAAGAACACUGCUGAUUCGCGCUUCUGAUGAAAAUAGCAAUGCUGAAUCUAGCAGUCCAGAGCAGGCAAAGAGAAAUGAUCAGGGCACUGUGCGGGUUGCAGAGAAGGAUGCCUCACAAGAAAGUCAGAUGAAAGUGGAAUCUGUCAAGGUGAAGAGACCAAUCUCUGCUGAAGAGCGGGAGCGAAGAACGAAGAUGGAAGACGAGCUAAAAGACGCGCGCACGUGGUUUGACUACCUUGUGCCCCGGCAGCUCCGGAGGGUCUACUUUGCAGCAGGCGCCGUGUCCUGCACAGUGGCAAGUGUGAUAGCACUCACAAAGCUGCUCCAAAAUCCAGCCCUGCAGGUUGAAGACGGAGGUCAAUACAACCUUGCUAUUAACCUGGUCGGGUUGAUACUCUUUGCCGGCGCAUACACCUGGGAAGGGGCACAGGCAGAGAAGCGAGUCGAGAGGAGGAGGACGAUUCGGGAGGCACAGAUUCGAUUGGGAGACAGGGAGGUGUAUGUAAACAAGGAGGGGGAGAAGAUGUCCCGUUUGAAGCCCGUCGACGAUAACUGGAUUCUGAGAAGAUUGGAUCGGUGGGGAAACAAGGACAAGCUGCCAAUGAUUGGCCCGAAGAAGGGCGCCAUCUUACAAGGCCUCGUCGUUCAGCGGGCGCCGCAGACUAUUGUCGAGGUUGGCGCUUUUUUGGGUUACUCGGCCAUCCGAAUGGGACAAGUUCUGCCGCCCGGCGGCCGCAUCAUCUCAUACGAGAGCGACUUCAAGUGGCUUAUUGCCGCCAAACGGUUCGUGUGGCAAGCGAAGAUGGCGGACAAGAUCGACGUCCGGUGGGGCCGCGCACAGGAGGGGAUCCCCCAACUCAAGACCGGGUCGCUCUUUUCCAAGCCCAUCGACGGCAUCGACUUUCUCUUCCUCGACGCAAAGCCCUCUGAAUACUUGGACUACCUCCUAGCUGCCGAACCCUUGCUUAACCCCGGCGCGGUUAUUGUGGCGGAUAACGCGGGCAUUUUCAGCAAGUCGUUAACUGAAUACUUGAAUUACGUGCGAGGGUCGGGCCGGUAUAAAAGUGAGAUCAUCGAGUCGACGCUAGAGUAUCGGGACGAUGUGCAAGAUGGGUUGGAAGUGAGCACGUACAAAGGUACUGACUUGAGUUGAGACCAUACAAGCCGUCACGGAGCGUCCGGCCAAAAGUUCGAUAGAUCCAUGUGCGACUCUUUUCUGGUUUGAAGGACUGAGUUGCCGCCACAGGGUCGAAAAAUUCUGAAAGUAUAGUAGAUCUUCGUUGAAAGGGUCAUUGUUGCGAUCAGGUCUUGCAGCAUUAAGCUCGGGCCGACGGGCCGCCCAUGACGCCUAACUUCGCAAGUUCAAUUAUGAUCUGUCCGAC